AUGCGGGCGGACGAGGUGCUCGAGAUCCGGCGGCUCGUGCACGUGGCCUCCGAGUGCUUCGGGCCGUGCGCCCGCGUCCAGGUCUUGCGCUCGAGCGAUGUCCCCGGCGCUCGGACGGUCUUCACGACGAGCUCGACGGCAGUGCUGCAGAUCUGGCCGGUGGCGAGCGACCACCACAUUCUGAGGCUUAUUUUGGACACUACCAGCGGGCAUCUGCAGCGACAUGGUGAUGGUGGCUGGCUCUUCGUCAACUUCUGCCUGCGUGUUGUGCUGUCUCUGCUUGGCGGCAGGCUCAGACUGCUCCUGCGAGUGGACGGGCUCGCUCGACCAGCAGCGUUGCACGGCCUGGCUCUGGCCUCCGCGUGGCUGCGGGAGGCGCUCGCGAGCACCGAGAACCCCUGCCGGCAGGCGAUGAGCUGGUCGGACCUGCAGUCCGUGCUCUCGCUCCUGAGGUCGUCCCUGUGCAAGCCGGUGGCGUUCACGUCCGCCCGAGACGCAUCGCACCUCGGCGUGAUCGUCCUGGAAGCGUUCCUGGAGGCCCUGCCGCGCGGCGACAUGGAGUCCUUUGAUCCGGAGGCGAACAUUCACGCGGGACCGGCGGCCUGCUGGUUCUGCGGCCCGGCCGUCCUGUGGAGUUCCGCGGUGGAGGGGCUGGUGCUGGACACGCCCGCAGCGAUAGUGAGCUCGUCAGAGCGCUACGGUGAGAACUCGAUGCUCGCGCUCUUCGACGUGUCCCUCGAGUCCUGGCUGCCAAGCGCGCCAGUGGGCCAGACGGGCGCACCGCCUCUGGGCCUCGAGGCGCUGGCCGUGGAGACGCCGUGCGACGGCGCCCCGGCCGACGUGGGCAUGUUGCGGCAGUGGGAACUGUCCCAGUUCGAGCGCCUCGCCCGGGCGCUGCUGGAGGCGGGUGUCCACGUGCUCGCAUGCCAGAAGCUCGUCGACCCGUGGCUGGAGGACUUCCUGCGUUGUCGAGGCGUCUCGGUCCUCUCGCGCCUGUCGCUGCGCCACGUUGGCCACCUGCGGCGCCUGAGCGGCGCGGUGCCGGUGACCUCCCUGGCGGCGCUACCCCAGCGGUGGGAGCAGGUGGUCGGCGUGAUUGGCCCCAUCGAGUCGAGGACGAUCUGCGAGAGGACCUACACGAUCAUCUCUCCGCCUGCCAGCAACAGACCAGGGCAGUGCGGGAGACCGCCAUCGGAGCCAGCGAGGGUGAUGACGCUGCUCGUCGGCGCGCCCGAUGAGCACGCGCUGGCCGAGCUCAAGCGUUGCGUCCCGCAGGCAGUCCGCAGCCUGCACGAGUCGGCCCUGCGCGGCACCGUGCUGCUCGGCGCCGGGCUGACCGAGGUCCACCUGGCGGACGCGCUGGAGCGCCGCGCGAGGCGGCCGCUGCCCGAGGAGCAGGCGGGCGCGGGGCCUGCCCGCCGGGCCGUGCUCGCGGUCGCCGAGUGCCUGCGAGACGUGGCCCAGUGCCUGCAGCCAGGCGGGGGCCUGAUGGCCGCGCGGGGGGCCUUUCUGGAUGGAGCGCGGGAGGCCCUGCAGCAGGCGGCCGGUGGCUGGCCGGCCGGCGCGCCGGCGGAGGCGGAGGAGGCGAAGCGCGCCGCCCUGCUCGGGGCGCUGGACCUCGCCGGGGUGCUGCUGCGGCUCGGCGGCACGCUCGACUUCGCGAGGCAGCCACUCGCCUGA